CGCACCGACUAAACAAUGUUUCCUAACUGGCUAACAAACGAGUAUUUGCAGCCAUGGCUGCAAAAGUACUACAAGGACGAAGGCCUUAAAGUUCUCAAGAUCUGGGCCAAGCCGGCAAGUGGAAAAGGCGGAAACUUUUCAGGGGUAAUGACCCGAAUCUAUGUGGACUAUCAGCAAGGCGAUAAGGUGGCAAAGAACCAGUCAUACAUCGUCAAACAGGCCUUGUCUCCAGAAACUGAUACCCAGACAGCGGUUGUCGGGGAUCUCUACUUGCGGGAAAUGAACAUGUUCGAGUUCAUUUUACCCAAGAUGAAGGAGAUCUUGCAGGAAGCUGGUAUAAAUGGAAAGCUAACAGCCGACGCCAUUGUAGUGGAUCGUGAACUCAGCGUGAUCAUUCUAGAGGACUUGGCACCACUCAAUUACAUAAAUGCGGAUCGCGUUAAGCAGUUGGAUUUGGAUCAUGCCAAGUUGGCAUUGGAAAUGCUGGCCAGGUUUCAUGCCGCUGGUAUUAUUCUAAAACAACGUCAUCCCGAGCUUCUGACUGAGUGUUUCUUUACAAAUUUGUUUUCUCGCGGCAAACAAUCCAAUGGAGAGGUUUAUCCGGGCUUGUACCGAGCAUUUAUGCGGUUUAUCAAUUCUCAACCAGAAUUAGAAGGGAUAUACGGCGAAAAGCUGGAAAAGUUGCGUCCUCACAUCAUGGAGUACGGAGCUCGAGCUUACGAUGUAACUGAACAGGAAUUGCUGACCCUGAUUCAUGGCGAUUAUUGGACAACCAAUAUCAUGUACCAAUACGACAAAGAAGGAAAUCCACAAGAAGUCAUUUGUAUAGAUUUCCAGUGCAGUAAUUGUACAUCGCCGGUCAUUGACUUGCACUAUUUCUUUACAACAUCAUUGAGGGAGGAAGUAAAGGAAAGGGAAUCAGAACUUGUGGAAUUCCACUAUAACACCCUAAAAGACAUUCUACAGAAGUUGUCCUAUCAUAAAGUAUUUCCCAGCCUUCAAGGGUACCAGGUUCAGUUUGAGCGUCGCCGUUUUAAGAGUCUUAUGGCCAAUUUAUUUAAGCCAGCUAUGACAUACAACGGCACUGAAGAUGUUUCUGACUUCGCCAACCUUUAUUCAAAUACUCCAAAAGGAAGACACGUUCAGGCCGCAAUAUACAAUAAUGAAGGCUAUCAACGCACCAUCCCAAAAUUUUUGGCUCUUCUAAAUUCUAAAGGAGUUUUGGAUCUUCAAUAAACUUUAA